UCUGCAAUCCUCUGCAAGUGAUUUCAGGUUUUGCUCUCUGUUAAAAGGAUCUAGAGGAAGUUCAGGAUGCCAAUCCUAAAGAAAGCCACAGCAAAAAAGGAAAAUAGCAUGCAAAGCCAAGAUGAGAUGCUACUGCCCAAACUUCCAGUUCCACCACUUCAGCAAACAUUAGAUACGUACCUUCGGUGCAUGAAACAUCUGGUGUCCGAAGAACAAUAUAAGAAGACAAAGACUAUUGUGGAGAAGUUUGGAGCACCAGGAGGCCAAGGAGAGCUCCUUCAGAAAAAGCUUCUUGAAAGACAUGAAAAAAUGGAGAAUUGGGUUUUACAUUACUGGCUAGACGACAUGUAUCUUAACAACCAAUCAGCCCUUCCAAUCAAUUCUAGCCCAGCAGUUAUCUUUGCUCACCAGCAGUUCCAAGAAGCAGAUGACCAACUGAGGUUUGCUGCCCAUCUCAUUUCUGGAGUUCUUGAUUAUAAAGCUCUCCUGGACACACAUGCAGUCCCUGUGGAUUUUGCUCGUGGACAACUGUCUGGUCACCCUCUUUGUAUGAAGCAAUACUAUGGGCUCUUCUCUUCCUAUCGCCUUCCAGGACUUACAAAAGACACCCUUGUGUCCCAGAAAAGCAAUGUCAUGCCUGAGCCAGAUCACAUCAUUGUUGCUUGUAACAAUCAGUUUUUUGUUUUGGACGUGGUCAUUAAUUUCCGGCGUCUCAGCGCGGGAGACCUAUUCACCCAGUUACGGAAGAUAGCUAAGAUGGCAGAGAACGAAGAAGAGAGGCUUCCCCCAAUUGGUCUCCUGACCUCAGAUGGAAGGCUGGAGUGGGCCAAGGCCCGGGCAAUCCUCAUGGAAGAUUCUACAAACCGAGAUUCCUUUGACAUGAUUGAACGAAGUCUGUGCUUGGUGUGUCUUGAUAGUCCGGGCGGGGGAGAGCUCAGUGAUACCGACAGGGCCUUGCAACUUCUCCAUGGAGGAGGCUACAAUAAAAAUGGUGCCAAUCGUUGGUAUGAUAAGUCUAUGCAGUUUGUUGUAGGGCGAGAUGGAGUCUGUGGAACAGUAUGUGAGCAUUCCCCUUUUGAUGGGAUCAUUCUUGUACAGUGCAUCAAACACCUGCUGAAGCACAUGAAAGAAGGUGCAAAGAAAUUGGUCAGGGCAGAUUCAGUGAGCGAGCUUCCUGCUCCAAGGAGACUGAGGUGGAAAUGUUCUCCAGACGUUCAGGGACACCUGGCUUCAUCUGCAGAGAGACUUGAAAGACUGGUGAAAAAUCUAGAUUUCAUUGCUUAUAAAUUUGAAAACUAUGGGAAAGAAUUUAUCAAAAAACAGAAGAUGAGCCCAGAUGCAUACAUCCAGGUGGCACUCCAGUUUGCUUUUUACCGGUUGAACAUGAGGCUGGUUCCCACCUACGAAAGUGCUUCCCUUCGUCGAUAUGAAGCCGGGAGGGUAGACAACAUCCGCUCUGCCACUCCUGAAGUGUUAACAUUUGUAAAAGGAAUGGAAGAUAAGAGAUCAGCUCUACCGAAUUCUGAAAAAAUGCAGCUAUUUAAGAGUGCAAUAGCAGCUCAGACCAAUUACACUAUAUUGGCUAUUACAGGCAUGGCCAUAGACAAUCAUUUGCUGGGAUUGCGAGAGAUGGCCCGGGAAACCUUUGACGAACUGCCAGACUUAUUUACUGAUGAAGCAUAUUUGGCAAGCAAUCAAUUUAUUCUCUCUACCAGCCAGGUCCCAACCACAAUGGAAAUGUUCUGCUGCUACGGGCCGGUGAUUCCUCAAGGCUAUGGGGCUUGCUACAAUCCACAGUCAGAGUAUAUCUUAUUCUGCAUUUCAAGCUUCAAAAACUGUCCAGAGACCUCUUCCAGCAAAUUCGCCAAAGCCAUAAGUGAAAGUCUAAUGGACCUGAAGGAGCUCUGUAGCAGAUCCAGCUUGACCUCGACAAGCAUCCAGGCUAAAGUGGAAGGAUGUCAUCCUGCUACCAAACUCUAA